UUCCCCUUACAUUUUGACAUUGUGCACAUUUAGCAGGCACUCUUAUCUAGUGUUACUUAAAGCUGUUGUUACAAUUGGAACACACCACAUGACAAUGUGAUGGCAUUUUAUCUUCUUAUCACUCUGGGAUUUCGAUUCAUUUCAGCGGAGUCACUUCUGCCUCAACCACGAAACGUUGAGGUGGUCUCUUACAACAUGGAUGCCAUAGUUAAGUGGGACGCUCCCCUUACUUCACUGAAAAACCUUACCUACACAGCUGAAUACAGAAUGCCUUCAACUACCUUCUUCUACACCGUAUGUAAAGCCACCAAAGAGCACAGGUGUGACUUCGGUAAACUUCCCAGUUGCCAUGGAAAUUAUCAAUUCAGAGUGAGGAUAGAGUUAGAGGGAAAUAACUCCAGUUGGGCGGAAACCCCAAACUUCUCUCUUAAGAAAGGAACCGUAAUUGGUCCUCCAAACGUAACCUUGGUCACCAAGGGAGGAGCUAUAGGAGCUGUGCAGGUGAACAUUCAGAAUCCGGUGCUAAAGAUCUCAUCACUGAAAGAAGCCUACAGCAAAGUGGAAUACAAUAUCAGAUACUGGAAGAAGACUGACAAGAAGAAUGUGUCUGAGAGAGAGAUGGUGACUGAGCAACGUGUUAAGCUGAAGCCACUGGAGCCCAACACCAGAUACUGCGUUCAGGUCCAGGUGUACAUACCAAUGCCGCACAACAAUACGGGGCAGUACAGCAAGGCUGCGUGUGUGAUGAGCACCACAAACAACACAACCACAGAUGGGGAGCGAAGGUUGUCUGAGGGCCUGGUGGUCAGUUUGGUGACGGUAGCUGUGGCUUUUCCACUACUACUCCUAGUCCCCUGGGUCAUCUACAAAGGGAAAAGGUUUCUCCAUCCCAAGGUUAAGCUGCCCGAGCAUUUGAAACAGCACCUGAUUGAUUCUCAUCAAUACCCUUACCUGGCCUCGCAGAUCACCUCUCCUCUACAAGAGAAGUAUGAUCAGAUCAGCGCUCUGUGUGAGGAAAAUCCAUACAAUGUGCUGACUGACAUACCAGAGGACAACCUUUACCCUGUGGAUAGUGGGGUCUCUGUGGAGAUGCCUAAAUACUACAAUGCUGUUGCUGAAAAUGCCAAUUUUGACAUGCCCUACAAGAAUAUCUGACAAUGGUAUCAAGACAUGAGCUACUGUAAUCAUUCUGUAUAUGGGCAUAUGGAAUCUGAGUAUAACAGGUAGUCAUGAUGGAUUGCAAGCCAUUAACAUUAGCGUGCCCAUUAGGGGCUGAGGCCCCUACCCUUCAACAUAAAUAUUUUAACUUUUAAGUGUUUUUCCUCUUCAAUUUUCCUGCUUACAAAACCGUAUUCAACUUCAUACUUUUUAGUUGCUUUUUUACAUACUUUAUAUAUAUACAUACUACCAGUCAAAAGUUUGGACAUACCUACUUAUUCAAGGGUUUUUCUUUAUUGUUAAUAUUUUCUACAUUUUAAAAUAAAAGUGAAGACAUUUGUUCAGUGUUAUUUCAUAGUUUUGAUGUCUUCACUAUUAUUCUACAAUGUAGAAAAUAGUCCAAAUAAAGAAAAACCCUUGAAUGAGUAGGUGUCCAAAUUACAGUAUAAAUGUACAGUAUAUCAUCCAAAUUACAAUAUAAAUGUGUAUAUAUAUGUAUAUAUAUAUAUAUAUAUAUAUGUAUAUGUAUGUAUAUAUAUAUGUAUAUAUAUGUGAAUAUAUAUAUGUAUAUACACAUAAAUAUAUAUAUAUGUAUGUGUAUAUAUAUGUACAGUGGGGAGAACAAGUAUUUGAUACACUGCCGAUUUUGCAGGUUUUCCAACUUACAAAGCAUGUAGAGGUCUGUAAUUUUUUUAUAAUAUGUACACUUCAACUGUGAGAGACGGAAUCUAAAACAAAAAUCCAGAAAAUCACAUUGUAUGAUUUAAGUAAUUAAUUUUCAUUUUAUCACAUGACAUAAGUAUUUGAUACACCAGAAAAGCAGAACUUAAUAUUUGUUACAGAAACCUUUGUUUGCAAUUACAGAGACCAUAUGUUUCCUGUAGUUCUUGACCAGGUUUGCACACACUGCAGCAGGGAUUUUGGCCCACUCCUCCAUACAGACCUUAUCUAGAUCCUUCAGGUUUCGGGACUGUCGCUGGGCAAUACGGACUUUCAGCUCCCUCCAAAGAUUUUCUAUUGGGUUCAGGUCUGGAGACUGGCUAGGCCACUCCUUGAGAUGCUUCUUAUGGAGCCACUCCUUAGUUGCCCUGGCUGUGUUUCGGGUCGUUGUCAUGCUGGAAGUACCAGCCACGACCCAUCUUCAAUGCUCUUACUGAGGGAAGGAGGUUGCUGGCCAAGAUCUUGCGAUACAUGGCCCCAUCCAUCCUCCCCUCAAUACGGUGCAGUUGUCCUGUCCCCUUUGCAGAAAAGCAUCCCCAAAGAAUGAUGUUUCCACCUCCAUGCUUCACGGUUGGGAUGGUGUUCUUGGGGUUGUACUCAUCCGUCUUCUUCCUCCAAACACGGCGAGUGGAGUUUAGACCAAAAAGCUCUACUUUUGUCUCAUCAGACCACAUGACCUUCUCCCAUUCCACCUCUGGAUCAUCCAGAUGGUCAUUGGCAAACUUCAGACGGGCCUGGACAUGCGCUGGCUUGAGCAGGGGGACCUUGCGUGCCAUGCAGGAUUUUAAUCCAUGACGGCAUAGUGUGUUACUAAUGGUUUUCUUUGAGACUGUGGUCCCAGCUCUCUUCAGGUCAUUGACCAGGUCCUGCCGUGUAGUUCUGGGCUGAUCCGUCACCUUCCUCAUGAUCAUUGAUGCCCCACGAGGUGAGAUCUUGCAUGGAGCCCCAGACGGAGGGUGAUUGACCGUCAUCUUUAACUUCUUCCAUUUUCUAAUAAUUGCGCCAAGAGAUAUUGCCUUCUCACCAAGCUGCUUGCCUUUUGUCCUGUAGCCCAUCCCAGCCUUGUGCAGGUCUACAAUUUUACCCUGAUAUCCUUACACAGCUCUCUGGUCUUGUCCAUUGUGGAGAGGUUGGAGUCUGUUUGAUUGAGUGUGUGGACAGGUGUCUUUUAUACAGGUGACGAGUUCAAACAGGUGCAGUUAAUACAGGUAAUGAGUUGAGAACAGGAGGGAUUCUUAAAGAAAAACUAACAGGUCUGUGAGAGCUGGAAUUCUUACUCGUUGGUAGGUAUCAAAUACGUAUGUCAUGCAAUAAAAUGCUAAUUAAUUACUUGAAAAUCCUACAAUGUGAUUUUCUGGAUUUUUGUUUUAGAUUCCGUCUCUCACAGUUCAAGUGUACCUAUGAUAAAAGUUACAGCCCUAUACAUGCUUUGUAAGUAGGGAAACCUGCAAAAUUGGCAGUGUAUCAAAUACUUGUUCUCCCCACUGUAUAUAUAUAUAUUUUAUAUACAUAUAUAUAUAUAUACAGUAUAUAUAAAUAUAUAAACACCUUCAAACUUUGCUUUCGUCAAAGAAUCCUCCGUUUGCAGAAAUUACAGUCUUGCAGACCUUCGGCAUUCUAGUUUUCACUUUGUUGAGGUAAUCUGAAGAGAUUUCACCCCAUGCUCCUGAAGCGCCUCCCACAAAUUGGAUUGGCUUCAUGGGCAUGUCUUAUGUACCAUACGGUCAAGCUGCUCCCACAACAGCUCAAUAGGGUUGAGAUCCGGUGAAUGUGCUGGCCACUCCAUUAUAGACAGAUUACCAGCCGAAUGCUUCUUCCGUAGUUUGAUGUUUUGCUUUGGAUCAUUGUCCUGUUGUAGGAGGAAAUUGUCUCCAAUAAAGCGCCCUCCACAGGGUAUGGCAUGGCGUUGCAAAAUGUAGUGAUAGCCUUCCUUCUUCAAAAUUCCUUUCACCCUGUACAAAUUUCCCACUUGACCACCACCAAAGCACCCCCAGAACAUCACAUUACCUCCACCAUAUUUGUCAGAUGGCAUCAAGCACUCCUUCAGCAUCUUUUCAUUUUUUUCUGCGUCUCACGAAUGUUCCUCUUUGUGAUCCGAAAAGCUCAAACUUAGACUUGUCUGUCCAUAACACUUUUUUUCCAAUCUUUCUCUGUCCAGUGUCUAUGUUCUUUUGCCCAUCUUAGUAUUUUAUUUUUUAUUGGCCAGUCUGAGAUAUGGCUUUUUCUUUGCAACUCUGCCUAAAAGGCCAGCAUCCCGGAGACGUCUCUUCACUGUUGAUGUUGAGACUGGUGUUUUGCGGGUACUAUUUACUGAAGCUGCCAGAUGAGGACUUGUGAGGUGUCUGUUUCUCAAACUAAACACUCUAAUGUACUUGUCCUCUUGCUCAGUUGUGCACCGGUGCAUCCCACUCCUCUUUAUAUUCUGGUUAGAGCCAGUUUGCCCUGUUCUGUGAAGGGAGUAGUACAUAGCGUUGUAUGAGAUCUUCAGUUUCUUGGCAAUUUCUCACAUGGAAUAGCCUUCAUUUCUCAGAACAAGAAUAAACUGAAAGAGUUUCAGAGUAAUGUUAUUUGUUUCUGGCCAUUUUGAGCCUGUAAUCGAACCCACAAAUGCUGAUGCUCCAGAUACUCAACUAGUCUAAAGAAGGCAGUUUUGUUGCUUCUUUAAAUCAGCACAUAAUGAAACAUAAUUUUUUUAUUCUUGUUAGAUAAAACUAUACUAAACAUAUUCAUGUCACCAAAUACCUGAAUAAAACACACUGUUUUUCGUUGAAGGUCUAACAGUAGUCUCAACAACACACUUUAGGAUAGCACCAUAGUGUAGCCGGAGGACAGCUAUUUUCCGUCCUCCUCUGGCUAUAUUGACUUCAAUACAAUACCUAGGAGGCUCGUAGGCCUCACCCACAUCCAUAGACCUACAUGGUAAUUAUGAUCACCUCCGGAGGAUAUCCUCCAAAAAAGCAAAGCUUUUGAAAUAGGAACUGACAUGUUGUUCAUCCAAUCAUAGGUUUAAGAUCAAAGAACUAACCUAGUGUGGUGUACUGGGGUUGUGCCGCAGAGCAUUAUUGGAGUUCUAUGUGUUGAGAAGCUUGGUGAGUUGGUGACAUAUUGAUUGAGAGCGAAAGAGUGAUAGUUGACAAUUUUUUGGAUAUUAUUCAAUUCAAAUUAGUUUCCUCAAACUACAGGAGAUGGAGGAGGAAUAUUAUAUAUUGUAAUCUUGGAUUUAGAACUUCUUGUGUCAAAUUAGUGCAAUUUAUUUAACCUCUUAGUCCACCCCAUCCCGCAUGCGGUAUCGUUACUACAGCCUCAAGCUCAUUAGCAUAACGCAACGUUAGCGAUUUUUAAAAAUCGCAAAUGAAACGAAAUAAAUAUGCCUGUUCUCAAGCUUAUCCUUUUCUUAACAAUCCUGUCGUCUCAGAUUUUCAAAAUAUGCUUUAGAACCAGAGAAAAUCACUAAUUUGUGUAAGAGUGGUGAUAGCUAGCUUAGCGUUAGCAUUAGCAUUUAGCACGCAACAUAUUCACAAAAACCAGCCAAGGAAUCAAAUAAAAUAAUUUACCUUUGAAGAACUUCAGAUGUUUCAAUGAGGAGACUCUCAGUUACAUAGCAGAUGUCCAGUUUUUCCUGAAAGAUUCUUGUGUACACAUCGUUCCCUUUUGUUACUAUGCAUAUGGCUACCGAAACUAACCGAAAAUUCAGUCACCUACAUGUCGAACUUUUUUCCGAAUUAACUCCAUAAUAUCGACUGAAACAUGGAAAACGUUGUUUGAAUCAAUCCUGAAGGUGGUUUGUCAUAUCACAAUCAAAUGCCGACCGCAUUAUCUACCAAGAGAAUUCUCUUCGAUCACAAUCACAGUUGUGUAUAUUCCCCCCCAAGCAGACACAUCGACGGCCCUGAAAGAACUUCAUUCGACUCUAUGUAAACGGGAAACCAGAUAUCCUGCGGCUGCAUCUAUUGUAGCUGGGGAUUUUAACAAGGUUAAUCUGAAAACAAGGCUCCCCAAAUUCUAUCAGCGUAUCGAUUGUGCUACCAGGGCUGGCAAAACGUCGAACAACAUCAUUGACGAAUACGCUGAUUCGGUGAGCGAGUUUAUUAGCAAGUGCAUCGGUGAUGUUGUACCUGCGGGUCUAUUAAAACAUUCCACAACCAGAAACCUUGGAUUGAUGGCAGCAUUCGCGCAAAACUGAAAGUGCGAACCACUGCUUUUAAUCAGGGAAAGGUGACCGUAAAAAUGACCAAAUACAAACAGUGUAGCUAUUCCCUCCGCAGGGCAAUCAAACAAGCUAAGCGUCAGUAUAGAGACAAAGUGGAGUCGCAAUUCAACGGCUCAGACACAAGAUGUAUGUGGUAGGGUCUACAGUCAAUCACGGGCUACAAAAGAAAACCCAGCCCAGUCACGGACCAGGAUGCCUUGCUCCCAGGCAGACUAAACAACUUUUUUGCUCGCUUUGAGGACAAUACAGUGCCACUGACACGGCCCGCCUCCAAAACCUGUGGGCUUUACUUCACUGCAGCCAACGUGAGUAAAACAUUUAAACACGUUAACCCUCGCAAGGCUGCAGGCCCAGACGGCAUCCCCGGCCGCGUCCCCAGCUGGCUGGUGUGUUUACAGACAUAUUCAAUCAAUCCUUAUCCCAGUCUGCUGUUCCCACAUGCUUCAAGAGGACCACCAUUGUUCCAGUUCCCAAGAAAGCUAAGGUAACUGAGCUUGUAGCACUCACUUCCAUCAUCAUGAAGUGCUUUGAGAGACUAGUCAAGGACCAUAUCACCUCCACCCUACCUUACCUUACCUCCCCAAUAGGUCCACAGACGACACAAUCACCAUCACACUGCACACUGCGCUAACCCAUCUGGACAAGAGGAAUGCCAAUGUAAGAAUGCUGUUAAUCGAUUACAGCUUAGCAUUUAACACCAUAGUACCCUCCAAACUCGUCAUUAAGCUCGAGACCCUGGGUCUCAACCCUGCCCUGUGCAACUGAGUCCUGGACUUCCUGAAGGGCCGCCCCCAUGUUGUGAGGGUAGGUAACAACAUCUCCACCCCUCUGAUCCCCAACACUGGGUCCCCACAAGGGUGCGUUCUCAGCCCUCUCCUGUACUCCCUGUUCACCCACGACUGCGUGGCCAUGCACGCCUCCAACUCAAUCAUCAAGUUUUCAGACGACACUACAGUGGUAGGCUUGAUUACCAACAAUGACGAGAGGGCCCUUGGAGUGUGGUGUAAAAUAACCUCAUACUCAAAGUCAAUAAAAUAAAGGAGAUGAUCGUGGACUUCAGGAAACAGCAGAGGGAGCAGCCCCUUAUCUACAUUGACAGGACAGUAGUGGAGAGAGUGGAAAGUUUUAAGUUCCUUGGCGUACACAUCACGGACAAACUGAAAUGGUCCACCCACACAGACAGCCUGAUGAAAAAGGCGCAGCAGCGCCUCUUCAACCUAAGUAGGCUGAAGAAAUGUGGCUUUUCACCAAAAACACUCACAAAGUUUUACAGAUGCAUAAUCGAGAGCAUCCUGUCGGGCUGUAUCACGGCCUGGUACGGCAACUGCUCCGCCCAUAACUGUAAGGCUCUCCAGAGGGUAUAUACUGUACUCUAUACCAUCUACUGCAUCUUGCCUAUAACAUUUGGGCAUCACUCAUUCAUAUAUUUUUAUGAAUCAGGUAGUUGAAAAAUUGAAUCAGGUAGUUGUAAAAUUGUUAGGUUAUAUUACUUGUUAGAUAUUACUGCACGGUCGGAACUAGAAGCACAAGCAUUUCGCUACACUCGCAUUAACAUCUGCUAACCAUGUGUAUGUGACAAAUACAUUUGAUAUGAUUUGUGUAGACUCUCACGAACACGAUGUUGAUCUCUGUUUUGCAUCGACACCCACAAGUGUCUUGGGAAUCGUCAGAAGUUGGUACAGCCAAUCUGCCAACUAUGCCUGGUUGUUCUUUAUAAGUGUUUUCCUCACGAUCUUAAAUUAGCAUUCCCCAUUCAAAUUUGGAUCCCUACAUAUAAGAUGGGCUAGACAAUCUGGACCCUCUCUUUCUAAAAUUAGCCGCCAAAAUUUUUGCAACCCCUAUUAUUGUCCUGUUCAACCUCUCUUUCGUAUCGUCUGAUAUAAGUCGCUCUUGCUGCCGGUGAAUCUCUGAUCCAACUCAAUGCAGACGACACCAUUCUGUAUACAUCGGGCCCUUCCUUGGACACUGUGUUAACAAACCUCCAAACAAGCUUCAAUGCCAUACAACACUCCUUCUGUGGCCUCCAACUGCUUUUAAAUGCUAGUAAAACUAAAUGCAUGCAAAUACAGUGGCUCCUCGUUUAAAAGUUGCUAGCUUGCACUGUGGGACUUAGCGUUACCCAGCGUCACGGCUUCAUUGCUCCAGACCACCACAAGGGGGAGUUAGAGCACUCAUUGUGCAUUUGGGUCCCAAGGUUUUUAUAUGUCCAGUCAUAUCGAAUGGUUCCAAUGACGGAUUUUGACGCGAGCCACCCUUGCCUUGUGGUGUUCUUCAACAAAGAUGGCUGACAAAACAUUACGGUUGAACCAGAUGUAAGUUGUUAUAAUGUCAUAACGAGUCAAGCAAAAAAUGUACAAUUGAGAGGAGUAUGUUAGUUAUUAAUGUAGAGACAAACGUUUGUGCAUACUUUUGUCAUGACGUUAAUUCACGAAAAGUUAUCUGACCUGCUAAUAUUAGCCAGCUAGCUAGUGUUAGGAGAAUUAGUUUGUAAUUUGUGUUGUUUAAUGUUUUAGGGACCAGGAUGUCAUCUUGUGAAACAGUGGAUGUAAGGAAUCUAGCUAGCUAAAGCAUUUACUGUAAAUUGAAUGUACAAUUGUGUAAGCUUGCCUUGCAAUGCAGCUGAAGUAACACAGUUAACUAACUAUUUACUUGCUUAUUGUGUAGUGGAGGAUUCAAAAUAACUGUAUGCCUAUGGAUGUGUAGCUAGCUGAUCUGUGUGUGAAAACAUUAGUUUCUGAACUAAUAUUCAUACUAAUCUAUGAACCUCAGCUAUCAUAGUUGUUGUAUCAACUUCAAGUCUAAAAGUCUGAAUGGCAUUAAUGAAGCCUAUGGAUAGAGUAGAAUAUAAUAACUUUAUUGUGCCAAGGAUGCAAGUCCUGUAUACACAUGUACUGUAGUUAUUACCACGCAUGAGAUUCCUACAUUGUAGCCUGUACAUUGAAUAUAUUCACUGAUCAUGUACUCUUCAUGGGCAAAUAAAGGUGCAGUUCGGGAA